UCCCUCUUCUCCCUGCAGUUUCGGGAGAACCUGCGGGACGUGCUGCCCUCCCUGCCCUCCCAGGAUGACUAUUUCCUCCUGAAAUGGCUCCGAGCGCGCUGCUUCGACCUGCCCAAGUCGGAGGCGAUGCUCCGCAAGCAUGUUGAGGUCCGCAAGUACAUGGACGCCGACAACAUCAUCGCCUGGGAGGCCCCCGAGGUGAUCAAGAAGUACAUGUCGGGGGGGAUGUGCGGCUAUGACCGGGAGGGCAGCCCCAUCUGGUACGAGAUCAUUGGGCCGCUGGACGCCAAGGGGCUGCUCUUCUCCGCCUCCAAGCAGGACCUGCUGAAGAACAAGUUCCGCGACUGCGAGGUGCUGCGGCGAGAGUGCGAGCGGCAGAGCCAGAAGCUGGGCAAGAAGAUUGAGAUGGUGCUGAUGGUCUACGACUGCGAGGGCCUGGGCUUGAAGCACCUCUGGAAGCCAGCCGUGGACACGUACGGGGAGCUCCUGUCCAUGUUCGAGGAGAAUUACCCCGAGUCCCUCAAGCGCCUGUUUAUUGUGAAGGCCCCGAAGAUCUUCCCCGUGGCCUACAACCUUGUCAAGCACCUCCUGAGCGAGGACACCCGCAAGAAGGUCGUGGUGCUGGGAUCCAACUGGAAGGAGGUCCUGCAGAAGUACAUUGACCCCGAGCAGAUCCCAGUGGAAUACGGGGGCACCCUGACGGACCCCGACGGGGACCCCAAGUGCCCAAGCAAGAUCAACUACGGGGGGGACGUGCCCCAGCGCUACUACGUGCGGGACCAGCUGGUGCAGCAGUACGAGCACACGGUGGUGGUCAACCGCGGCUCGUCCCACCAGGUCGAGUACGAGAUCCUCUUCCCCAGCUGCGUCCUCAGGUGGCAGUUCAGGUCAGAAGGAGCCGACGUGGGUUUCGGGGUGUACCUGAAGACCAAGAUUGGGGAGCGGCAGCGGGCGGGCGAGAUGACCGAGGUCUACCCCAACCAACGCUACAACUCCCACAUGGUGCCCGAGGACGGCUCCCUCACCUGCUCCACCCCCGGCAUCUACGUCCUGCGCUUCGACAACACCUACAGCUACCUCCACUCCAAGAAGGUGAGCUACAGUGUGGAGGUGCUGCUGCCCGACACCGCCUCUGCCCAGCAGAUCCAGAAGCUGGGGGACAGGCUCAGCGAGGUGACCCUCAACCACAGCCCCUAG